AUGCUUUCAUUGCGUCUCACUGAAAUCAUCUGCUGUGCAGGUCUUCUCAUCUACCUACUUCCUGUGUUCUUCUGCCUACGAGAACCGAGUCGAAACCCUCUGGAUCAACUUCGCCAGAACAAACGCGACGUCCCAAUUUCUCUUCCCCUUCCACCUCCGGCUGCUAAUUUCAACACCUCCGUUCCCACUCUUUCUCUCACACCUUCUCAAGAACCUUCGUUUGUUCUCUUUCCUGGCCAGGCUCAGGAUCCGAUAGCCAUCAUUCCUAUACUUGGUCCCUCCAACGACUUCAACUCCAGCCGCACUCCCACCUCCGAUGGGACAGAUAGGAAUGGGUGUCCUUCCAGGGCACUUGUGAUGGGAUAUUAUCCUGACUGGGUCAGCUUCACUUUCCCUCCGGAGAAGAUUGACUUCAAACGAUUUGACUGGAUCGACUUCGCUUUCGCCGUGCCCAACACCAAAUUUGCCUUGCAAUGGGACGAGCCACAAACCGCACCGAAACUCUUAAAACGCCUCGUUUCGUUGGCUCAUGCAGCCAAUACAAAAGUGAAGCUGAGUAUUGGAGGGUGGACAGGAAGCAAACAUUUCUCCCCUGCUGUGUCUACCGACCAGAGCCGGAGAACGUUGGUCAACAAUAUUGCCUCCUUCUACAAGACCUAUAAUCUGGAUGGGAUCGACCUCGACUGGGAGUACCCUGGUCACAAAGGAGCUCAUGAGAAUACCGUCAAUUCGAACGAUUCGGCGAACUUCCUGUCUUUCCUCAAACUCCUUAGAUCUGUUCUACCAGCUACAGCCCGUUUAAGUGCCGCAGUAGAGACAGUUCCUUUCACGAAUAGCAAAGGAAAUCCUUCAAUGGACGUCUCAGGGUUUGCACAGGUGUUGGAUUGGGUUGUCCUCAUGAACUAUGAUGUGUGGGGUUCGUCGUCGAAACCAGGACCAAACGCACCCUUUCGCGAUGCCUGCGGCAAUUCGACGCAGCCUGGCGCAAAUGCUGUCGCUGCUUACAACUCGUGGACCUCAGCUGGGUUUCCGCCGUGCAAACUGGUCCUUGGCUUACCUUCGUACGGCUACAUUUCUUCGUCCACUACUCAGCGCCUUCGUACGAGAGCCGAUUCAAAUGCAGUCAAGGUGAUCAACGACGACGGAGAUUCCGAAGGGCAGAUCCAGUUCAGGGAACUUGUUGCUCAGGGUGCUCUAGUACGAUCCAUUUCAGGAGAUACGGUGUCGUUCACGGCAGGUGGCGGUUUUGAACGACGCUGGGAUUCUUGCUCGGACACCCCGUUUCUACGCUCAACUGCUUCUCGUCAGGUCAUCACCUACGACGACCUGGAGUCGUUGAGUAUGAAGGCAGCUUUCGCAAAGAGAGUGGGCAUGCUAGGCAUCAAUUUUUUCGACAUCCAUGGCGAUACCGACCAGUGGGACUUGAUUACAACCAUUCGAAAAUCGAUGGCCUUGCCCUGA